GAAGAGGAAGGAAAUGAGCCAGGCCGGUAGGAAGGAAGCCGCAGAGUCCGAGAGUACAGGGAGGAGGGACCAAGCAUGCGCAGUGGUGCAUCCUAAAGCAGCUGGCGGUUUCUCCAGCUGCCCGGGCGGAGCAGCGCGCAUGCGCUUUCCAAAUAGGGGGGGAGUCGUUGCUGUCGCCCGCUUUGCUGCUGUUGCCGCCGCCGCCGCUGCUGUCAGUUCCGGCUGCUCAGUGAGGAAGAGGAUCCGGCCUCGGAAUUGCUUCCGCCACCGCCUGUGGAGACUCCGUUCCCUCCUGAUUCGCGGAGCACUCGCUCCGUCCCCCUCCGCCGGCCAUGGCCCGGGACUACGAUCACCUCUUCAAGCUCCUCAUCAUCGGCGACAGCGGUGUUGGCAAGAGCAGUUUGCUGUUACGCUUUGCAGACAACACUUUCUCAGGCAGCUACAUUACUACAAUUGGGGUAGACUUCAAAAUCCGGACAGUUGAGAUUAAUGGAGAAAAGGUGAAGCUACAAAUCUGGGAUACUGCUGGACAAGAGCGCUUCCGGACCAUCACAUCAACGUACUACAGAGGAACGCAUGGGGUUAUCGUGGUUUAUGACGUCACGAGUGCUGAGUCCUUUGUGAACGUGAAGCGAUGGUUGCACGAAAUAAACCAGAAUUGUGACGACGUUUGCCGGAUAUUGGUUGGCAAUAAGAAUGACGAUCCAGAGAGGAAGGUGGUGGAGACCGAAGAUGCCUACAAAUUUGCCGGGCAGAUGGGGAUCCAGCUGUUUGAGACGAGCGCCAAAGAGAAUGUUAAUGUGGAAGAGAUGUUCAACUGCAUCACAGAGUUGGUUUUGCGAGCAAAGAAGGACAACCUAGCAAAGCAGCAGCAGCAACAACAGAACGAUGUGGUGAAGCUAACAAAGAUUAGUAAACGGAAGAAACGGUGCUGCUAAUGUCCUUUCUCUUGCGGCAGAGACUGCCCACUCAGACAGCUCAGCCCUUCCAGCCAGACUCAGGCGAUUCCACUGGGCUAGGCCUUGGGAGGACUUGUUUUUUCUCAGUUUGUGCCGUUAUUUAAAAUGAAUUCUCUCCAUGUCUUCGGUCAGGAGGCACCUUACCACAGCAGUGCCAAGAAGGUAUUGGAUGGAGGUGAUCCCUCCCCCUAUCUCCUCCUUGCUUUUUCAAGAGCAUCUUGUAGACAAAAAAAAUGACUUUGCCUACCAAGUGGACUUUUGAUUCUAAAAUGUUUGUACAUAAUGUAUAUUUGCUGUAACCAGCUGUGUCUGCCCCUCAUGUCGCUUUGGCUUCUGCUUUCUUAAUAUCAACCAAUCAUGUGUUGUCCAGAGCUCCUACUUUUUUUUUUCCUUUUCCAAAGAAACAGAAUAAUGUCCUUAACAGAGUUGGCAUCCACUGCACUCUGGGCCUUUAUUAGCUUCCAAGCUAGGAAUUGACAUCCUUGGGGCUUUCAGUUUCGCUCACUGCCGAGCUCCAGGUUGCAUUGGGAGCUUUCUGAGAUUCUUUUCCUACAUCCCAGAAUUGCUGAUGCUGCUGGAGCUGACUGGGCAGCCCUUGGAAUAGCUGCAUUCUUGUCUCUCAGCAGUGUGCUGGAGGGCAAUGAGAAGCGCCUCGGGCCGUUUGUUAAAACGAAACCUUCGGGGAUGAGAUAUUUGAUUUAAAACAACUUUUUUUCCUAACAAGAUUAAUCUCCUGUAGCAUUGAGUGCUAUAGAAUCGUCAUUCAGCCAAACACCCCCCCCCCCCUCAUUUCUCCCCCAUUCAGUAUCCAGUUAGAAGGGUUGAAGUCAGAAGUGCUUUUCUGAGGGACAAAGUCUUUGGAGUGUGUUUGUGUAUGUAUAAGUGAUGAAAAGUACAGGAGGAUGAGACUGUUGCUCAUCCAAAUGGUGCUUGCAACCAGCAGCCAUUCCCAGGCUAUUUCCAAGGUCCUCCGCAUUAGAAUGGAUGCCAAUUUCUGGAUAUCAAGAAGUUGAGAGGCCACUUGCUUGGGUUGUGAUUAUUGGAUCUCCUUCGACAGUGCCACUUGGCUCUUGUAAGGCUGAAGAUAAAAUCAGAAUUCUUCUGGUUACCAUGUACUUCAGCAGGGGAAUAGCCAGGGCUUGGGGUCCUUGGCAUUUUAAAAAUGACCUCUCCCAACAUAUUAAGAGAGUAUUGCCUGGGCUCUCAGAAACACCUGCUCAUCAAACCGAAACAGACAUGUAUUUUUUGUGGCCCCUGAAAAUGAUCAUGUUAUCAAAAGGCCCUCCAAUGUCAGUGACCCUUUGGACUUCAAAUCAUGCAAGAAGGGCUGAAAAACUUAUUUAUUUUGUUGUUUGCCUUUACUAACAUGCCCUGAUUGUACAAUCGCAUCACAGGUAGUCUAUUUCCAUGCAAAUAAUGAAUGUGAUGGGUUUCAGCCAAUGAAAGUGUUUUUUUGGGGGAAAAUAACAUCCUAGCUUCUUAUCUUCCACCACCAUCUUCUCUGUGCAUCUCUGGUAAGUUACUUUCACUAAUUCAAGAUUGGGAAUGUGAACUUGGAACAAUCCAGUUUGGAAAUAAGUUUCUUGUGUAAGAGGCCUGUAGAAAUGGCAGUGGUUAUCUCCGUUUGGAUCUGAUGGCCUGAAGAAAUUGUGUAUCCUCCUUGUGGGUGGAGUGCAGUGCGUGCUCUCAAGUUGCAGUGGACUCUUGGAGAUGGGGAACACAGGUGUGAUCUUUUGCCAGUCCAGCAGUACAGUUUUCUGGCUUUGAGGUGUGGUAUGCUUUUUCAAUGCUGCUUUCAGCCAUCUCCCUUUCUCAACCUCGGCUCAUCAUUGAAGGAGGUUGAACAAUGUUAGGCUACUUGGUGGAUGAUACCUGCAGGGAGUAUUAAAGGA